AUGAAGAACAUCUCGUAUGAUGCCGUAUUUGUCCCAGAUGGGGCUCCAUCUUCUGAAACUUACGAUGUGUUUACUCUUGGAGCUGGCGUACAAUGGUCAGAAGCAUAUACUGCCGCUGAGGCCAGGGAACACUUGUUGCUUGGUGGGAUAUCUUACGGUGGCUCUGUAGGUGCCGCAGGCGGGUGGUUUCAGGGGGGCGGACACAGUGCACUGUCACCCGUCUAUGGGCUGGGCGUUGACAACGUCGUUCAAAUGACUGUCGUCACCUCGGCCGGCGAUCGCCUUAUGGUCAAUGCAUACCAGCAUGCCGACCUCUUCUGGGCACUUCGCGGUGGAGGAGGCAGCACAUAUGGCAUUACCUAUGCUGGGUUCCCUUCUCUCGCUGACGAUGGCUGGGACGGCUACGGCGGUGUCUCAAACUCGACUCUGUGGUUCAUGUACAUCUCCCCAAAUGUAGCGUGGUCCGAGGCGAACCAGACCUGGGAUCCGUUCUUUGCACGUGCAUCCAACGCGGGUCUCGAGGUUACGACCGCGCAGACGACAUAUCAUCCAUCGUUUCUCUCGUUUCACGACGCGUUCUUCUCAAAAUCAACUGGUCAGAACGGAUUCAACGUCAUCAUUGGAUCACGACUCAUUCCUAAGGAGACGUAUGAGGAAAACUACGAGGAGUUUGCCAACGCGAUGCUUCGGAUACCUGGAAUGCCUUGGCACUUGGUAGCGGGAGGUCGGGUUUCCAAAGCUGAUCCCGAGUCCACCGGACUCAAUCCUGCGUGGCGCGACUCAGCCGUCUUCGACACCGUAAAAAAGCAACAAGUUAUAAUUCGGUCAGUGACCCCUGGUUCUGGAGCAUAUUUCAACGAGGCGUCGCCGUUUGAAGAAGACUUCCAGUACACUUUCUUCGGAGAUCACUACCCUAGAUUGAAGGCGAUCAAGGACCAGUAUGAUCCUCACAGCCUAUUCAUCGUGAGACAAGGGUGGCUCUGA